AUUUAUUCCAAAUAAUGGCGGCUGUCAUUUCUCCCGAGCAUUUUAAUAACACGCCGGCACAUAACCUGAAAUCUUCAAUUUCUAUGAUAUUCCUUUUGCAAGUGACGAUCUGAUUAAUUUAUACGAAAAUGACUUCCAAGGAAACGUGGGCCGAAAUUAUUCAAGUUGUGAAGGAUAACAGACACGAACUGAUAUUGUCCGGUGCUGAGAUAUCCCGCAAAAUUAGUGAGACAGGCUUAGACACAGCUUUGUUUGAUCUUGGCAGCUUAAAUUAUCUGAAUAUCAACCAAACUUGUCUUAAUGAAAUACCAGAUGGUAUUGGAAAGUUGAACAAUCUAACUACCUUAGUUUUGCAUUCGAAUAAAAUCUCGAAACUACCAUCUGUCAUAAGAAAUCUACAAAAAUUGAAAGUAUUAGACUGUUCAAGGAAUCAACUUGAACAUCUUCCACAAGAACUGGGGAAUCUUCCACAAUUGACGAGCAUUAAUUUUUCAUCGAACCUCCUUAACGAAUUACCAUCCCAAGCUCACAAUAUCAAAUUGAGCAUAUUGGAUUUAUCAAACAAUCAAUUUAAUAACUUUCCUGAUGUUUGUUAUCCAGAAUUAAUACACCUUGCAGAGAUAAAAUUGAAUGGAAAUAAAAUAAAACAAAUUCCUUCAAAUAUACAUGUGUUACCAUCAUUAAAAUUGUUGGAUCUCGCAGACAAUCAUAUCUCAGCUGUUCCUGGGGAACUGGCAGAUUGUAGUAAGCUGAAGGAAUUAAAUCUAAAGGGUAAUCCAUUAUCUGAUAAACGCCUUUCAAAACUGGUAGAUCAGUGUCGUACAAAGCAAGUACUAGAUUAUGUAAAACAGCAUUGUCCAAAGACUACUUUUGGCACAGUAGCUGUCAGUGGCAAGUCAAAUAAAAAAGGAAAGAAAGGCCGUAAGAACUCAGAGAGCGAGAGUACCCAAGCAGCCUUAGAAAAAUUAACACACAAGAUAAAAGUAUUGAAAGUGACUCAAGAAACACCAGUAAUAAAAAUCACGGAUCAUGUAAAAUCCGUCAGGCCCUACAUAGUUGCGUGCAUUGUCAAGGAACUAUCCUUUACUGAUGAGACCUUCAAGAAGUUCAUACAAUUACAAACAAAGUUACAUGAAGGCAUCUGUGAUAAGAGAAAUGUUGCAACCCUCGCUACACACGAUCUCAGCUCACUCAUACCUGGAGAUCUGACUUAUACUGCAAAGCCACCAAAAGAGAUUGAAAUCAAACCCUUAAUGCGCAGCAAGUCAUAUAGUGCAGCUGCUCUAUUUCAACAAUUACAAGCAGAGGCUGAUGAUUUACGUAAAGAAAAGAAACGCAAUGUAUAUUCAGGGAUUCAUAAAUAUCUUUAUUUAUUGGAAGGAAAAGCACUGUAUCCGUGUCUUCUUGAUAGUUCUGAUCAAGUUAUUUCCUUCCCUCCAAUAACAAACAGUGACAUUACCAAAAUGUCUAUGAAUAGUACUGCAAUGCUUGUAGAAGUAACCAGUACUCAGUCGCAGCUUGUAUGCAAAAAAGUAAUGGAUCAAUUCCUGAAAGAACUAGUUGUAUCAGGACUUGGUUGUUCACCAGAAGGUGAUAUUCCUGAAGAAUACCAUUCAUUAUGCAUAGAACAGGUCAAAGUAGUUGACAGAGAAGGUAACAUGAAACAGGUAUAUCCAUCUAGAACGGAUUUAGUAUUCGAAGAGAAUAACAUAACUAUAAUUCGUGAAUAAGCAGUAUCCAUUACAGUUUAUGAGUUAGUAUUAUAUACUUGCAACAUAAACAAGAAAGAGGAAAACAAUGUUAAGCAUUGAGUGUAACAGCAGUGCGUGAUGUGAGUCAUACCCGCAUUUUCAGACAGAUUUAUUUUUUCUAUCUGUACAAAUGUAGAGUAUUAGUUAUUACUGUUUACCAUAGCCAUAUUAAUUUGUUUUUUUUUGCAACAGUCAAUUUACUUCAUAUCACUAAUAAAUUUACACAAUUAUAAAAUUAAUCAUUUUAGAAAACUCAUAACUAAAGCAGUUAAAGUAUACUGCAGAAACAUAAUUUAUCAAAGAUAAGUUAUAUUGGUAAAAGAAGAACUUAAAUAUCUGCAGGGUCAGUUAUCAUUUAAACCCACACAACAUUUAAUCAGAUACUAUUUCAAUGUCUAGUAUGCUAAUAUUAUUCAUAACAUGAUUUAUAAAUAAUAAACAAAAAAGUUCACGAUUCUAACAAGCAA